AUGCAGCGUGCCGAGUUUCUCGAAGCCCUGAUCGACCUGAAGGUGAAGUACGAGCCGAGCAUGUCGGUGCCGGAGUUGAGGUCUUCUGAUGAGGAUGCUGCGCUACAGCAUGGAGACCACGGGGGAAAGCGGGGUGACCUUCGGGCUGGAACCAUUGUGGGCGUCGAGGGCGGUUCAUUCUCGGUUUCUAGAGGUGGUAGAUGUUUGCUGUGUGCACGUGAGCACCUUCGUCAUGCAGAAUCUGAGGGACUCGGCAUUCUCAUGGAAGCCAAAGUCAUGCAAGAAAAUCUUUUUCAAUUGGUACAUCACCUAGACAAAGAUGAUGACAACGAUGACCUCUUUGUUGAUGCUCAAGAUGACAUCCUGGUCGAUGACUUGGAUGCUUUGGUGCCACAAAAACGUGCCCGCGGCAAACAAAACAUUCCUAUGGUGAAGCCUUCAGCUCCACACGCCUUACAUGUAGCACAUGCAGCUGAAGAUACUGAGGAAGCUGACUUCCAGCUCCCAAAGGCCUACCAAAAGCAGCUGGACAAAAAGGUGAAGUGGGAUGAUAUUCCUGACCAUGAAAAGCCACUUGACACUGCGCGGAAGAAAAACAGUGGAAAGAACACAUUCAAUAUGGAGCAGUGA